UUGCUAGUGAUUGGUAAGGCGAAAAAUCUACGUUGCUUCAAAAACGUGAAAUCGCUCCCUGUAACAUAUGAUGCACAAUCUCGAUCUUGGAUGACUGGCCUUCGUUUUAUUAACUGGUCAAAAGCUUUAGGUGAUCACUUCCAGAUUAAAUGUAGACGCAUAAUUCUCUUCAUUGAUUACUGCCCCGCUCUCCCUAAAGAUGUUGAACUAAAGAACAUCACGCUUGUUUUCUUACCUCCGAAUGCGACAAGAAAGUUGCAACCAAUGGAUCAGGGCAUUAUAAAAGUCCUUAAACAAGGCUACAGAACACGAUUGAUACAUCGCUACCUUAAAGAAAUGGAAGACCCUGACAGCAAACGACCCUUGAAUGUGCAUGAAGCCAUCCUAAAUAUUGCAGCGGUAUGGCAUGCAAUUAAGCCUAAAACCAUACAAAAUUGUUUCAAGAAAGCAGGUUUCCGACAUAACGAAUCUGAUGUCCUGUUGGGAGAAGAACCCGCGAUACUGCAGGGUUUUUCUGGAUAUUCUUCCAUUGAUUACAAUGUUGCACUCUACGAAACCUGUUCCAUUGAAGAUCUUAUUCAAGAUGUGAAUAACACCCAAAAAGAGGCCCUAAGUGAUGACGAUGAAGAUAAAGGAGAGUCAAUUCCGAUUUUGUCAAACGCAGCGGCAUUAUCAGCAGUAAACGAUUUAAGGUGCUAUGUAUCUUCUUUCGGGAAAAGUGAAGCUGCACUGCAAAAUUUAAAUUAUAUUGAAAGCCUUGUCAUUAAUAAUGCAUCAAAAUCUUUUUGUCAAACCAAAAUAAGUGAUUAUUUUAAGUAA